AUGACAAAGACACCAGUUCCAACUGAAUACGACGAUACUAGAAUUUUGGGUUACGAUCCAUUAAUCCCACCAGCAUUAUUACAACAUGAAAUUAAAGCUUCUGCUGAAUCCUUGGAAGUUGUCAUUCAAGGUCGUUUGGAUUCUUCAAAUAUUUUAAAAGGUACCGAUGAUAGAUGUCUUGUAAUUGUUGGUCCAUGUUCUAUUCAUGAUCCAGAAGCCGCUUUAGAAUACGGUAAACGUUUGAAAAAAUUAUCCGAUGAAUUGAAAGAUGAUUUAGUUAUUAUUAUGAGAGCUUAUUUGGAAAAACCAAGAACUACAGUUGGUUGGAAAGGUUUAAUUAAUGAUCCAAAUGUUGAUAAUUCAUUUGAUAUCAAUCGUGGUUUAAAAAUUUCUCGUCAAUUAUAUUCUGAUUUAACCAGUAUUACUGGUUUACCUAUUGGUUCUGAAAUGUUGGAUACCAUCUCCCCACAAUACUUUUCUGAUUUCUUGAGUUUUGGUGCUAUUGGUGCCAGAACUACUGAAUCUCAAUUACAUAGAGAAUUAGCUUCUGGUUUAAGUUUCCCUAUUGGUUUUAAGAAUGGUACUGAUGGUGGUUUAACUGUUGCAUUAGAUGCUUGUCAAGCUUCUUCUAAAGGUCAUCAUUUCUUGGGUGUUACAAAGAAUGGUAUGGCUGCUAUUACAACUACUAAAGGUAAUGAUAACUGUUUCAUUAUUUUAAGAGGUGGUAAAGGAUGUACUAAUUACGAUGCUGAAUCCGUUCAAGCCGCUAAAGCUGCCAUUGCUAAAUCAACUGAUCCAAAUAUUAAAUUAAUGGUUGAUUGUUCUCAUGGUAACUCAAGUAAAGAUUACAGAAACCAACCAAAAGUUUUGGAAUCUGUUGCUGAACAAAUUUCUAAUGGUGAAGACUCAGUUAUUGGUGUUAUGAUUGAAUCUAAUAUUAAUGAAGGUAGUCAAUCCAUGCCACCUGCUGGAAGUGGUAAAGAAUGUUUGAAAUACGGUGUUUCCAUUACUGAUGGUUGUGUAUCUUGGGAAACUACUGUUGAUAUGUUGACUAAAUUGAGUAAGGCAGUUCAAACUAGAAGAAACUUGAAGAAACAAAAGGUUUAA